AUGCACUCGGCGCUGCUUAAGGCGAAGGAAUCUAUCAGCGUUAUCGAUUCAGCGCUAUGGCAGCACCUGCUGGACUCGACACAUGCCGCAAGGGGUGGCGACUUUGCCAUGCUCCACAGGUUCAUCUUCGGACUGCUAACGCGGCUGAAGGACCUGCCCAACGACAGCUGGUUCCUAAUUCCCGGAGGAGUCAGACUGUCAGAUGAAACGCCCAUGGACUGGACGGGGUACGCGGUGUACAAACUCCCGCAAUCCUCGGGUUAUGUGUUCGGUGUCAUCAACACUGGUGGUCCAGGUCUCAAAUACCAUUCCUUCAAGCUUGACCGUUUCACCAAAAUGGGUGCUUUGCAGAGGGAUUCGGGUGUUGUGCUGAAAGACGUCGACCCUGAGCGACUGCUGCACAGUGCGUUCUGGUUUGCCUUGUUUCGGCUGAUGUAUGCGCCUAGCUCCCACAACUACGAGUAUCUCUAUGAGGUCCUUUUGCCCUACCUCAACUCAAAGCCGCUCAUGCUCAACUGGAAGCUGGAGACCCAGUCACAGGUGCGUUCGGAUAGCUCGGAGGAAAAAGAGCGUUCUUCCGGCAGUUCGGCCAAAAAGGUGCUAAUUGAGGCUUUUACCAAACUGAGCAAGGAUCACGGCAGCAAGGAGAAAAAGACUGAUACGACCAAGGAUAUGAUGUACGAACUAUCCAGCAACUACGGUGGUGUAUGGAUGGACGCUCCGGUGAACGAGUAUAAGCCCAACUCGAUGACCCGGAUGAUCAUGGCUUUUGUCGAGCUAGUCCUGCGCAAAGACGAGAAUAAUGAUACCGAGGUGCGAAUGAUACAUAUUAUGUUCCAACUCAGUCUUUGUCUCCUCAUCGAUCAGGACCUGGAUGCAUUGACGGAAAAGGAUCUUCAUGCCGCACAGCUCAGCAUACGCAGCUCGUCGCUAUUUGUCGAAAUCGCGUGCAAACGGCUUGCAGUAAUGCUAGCUGAGGAGUCAUUGCAGGGUUCGCACAAUGACAACCUUGUUGAUGUUGACACCAACACUGAGGAGUUUUCCCUCCAGGCGGCAGCCGCCAUGUCGAGCCUGGUGGGGUCAACGAACAGCCCAUUCCCCAGCGUUGCAAAGGCCGCGGGAUCACUCGGGUUACAGGGAGAAAGAUUGCAUUAUGAUGCUUCGUCGCCCUUGAAAAACAUGCCGGAGCUAUACAACCUUGCUGCAUGUGUCAUCGGCAAGGUCUACGGGAACCUGCAGGCCAAGCUGCCCCCGAAAGCCCUUGGUAUGGGUCAUGGAUCGUGCACCAUCGACAGAAAAUUGUGCGUGCAGAGUGCCGAUAUCACUCUCAAUUGCGAAUUCGCAAAUUUCGGCAACUUCAGGCUUGAUGGGCCCAAUGUCAACGAGCUGGCUAAGGGUUCUGUUAGGUCACAGCUGCUAUUGCCAGUCGAAAUGACGAGUGUGGAAAUGCCCGUGAACAACUUCAACGAUGUUUGCAAGGUUCUCAGAAGGUGUGUAGAGGCAUGCACCCUUCUUUCCAACCAGCGUGACGCCAUAUCAUACUCUUAUGCAUGGCGGUUCCAGCUCAUCAGGCACGUGCUUUUCGAGGUGCUGCCUCUGCCGUUACCCAUACCCGUACGAAAUGAAGACGGUUCGAUGCCUGCACCCGGACAGGUGAUCUGUUUCUGGGCAAACGGUGCCAUAGAGCAAGAAACGCAGGUGGACAUAUUGCGGCUCCUGCAAAUGUUGGCUAGGCAUGUGGCAGUCACAUACUGCUCCCUGAUUAGAACGCGCACAAUUGAGGGUGAAAAGGCUAUUAUGUUGGGAGCGAUUUGCGCCAUCACGGAUGCAGUUAUCCGUAAAGUGGCUGUGGACACGCCGAGCCAUGUGUCCCUGCUUUACUCAGGCAAGGGCAAUGGGCCCAUCAGCCCAUUCGGGUUCACGCUAGGUAACUUCGCUCUGGAGAGCUGCUACUACAGCCUGACUGACCCCCUGGCAGUCAUUGCACGCACACAGAUUCUGGAUUAUUUCGAGUCCGUGGAGCGCAUGCUGGGUCCCAAACACCUUGUCUUUGACUGGGAGAACGCUCUGGAAGUCGGCAAGGGAGACGAGUUGCUGAUACAUCUCGUUGCCCUGCAGUUGGGAUUCCACCGCAAUGACGAUGAUAUCCGCAAGUAUUACGUAAGCGAAAGCAAAGAGUUUGCGGCCAUCUUUCCGGAGUUUUCAUAUCUCAGGGAUAUUGUGUUCAUUUCCAAGUCCAUUGGGUGGUCCGGGCCUAUUGUGCCCACCUCAAGGUAUUCACUUGAAGACGCCACUCUGAAAUGGUCGGUAGCAACCAGCGGUGCAACGGCCCCGGUCUCGGUCAAGGCGUUCGGAAAGCAGCUGAAGAUUACACCCAUCGGCAAGAUCCGCAACUUUGACGAGCACAACCAGACAUACUACAGGAAAAUGAUGAAGUGGUUCGUCACCUCCAGCAACACUAAGUCGCCUACCAGCGCAGCUGAUGCGCACAAUUUGGUCAACGAUUGCGAAAUUGCGAAUGAGACUGAUGUGCUCCACUUGCAGACGCUGCCAGACUAUGGAGGUAACCUGGGUCGCCGCGAUUCAGAGUUGCUCCUGCAGUAUCUCACGGCUUCGUACGUGCGCAUACCGCUCAUCAUGCAGUUCUUCGCUAGCGAGGCUAACUUGCACGCCGUUUCGUCGGCACCCCUGCAGAAGGUUGUCAUGGCGUCGGUAUUCGAACCUGGACUCUGGAAGAGCAAGGCAAAUGACAACGUAUACCCGCAAAUGGCCCCGGUUCAAGAAGCAGAAGUUCUCUCUACACCGCUAGGACUGCUGUUUAACGAGAUAUACUUCUCGGGGAGCUGUGUUCUGCUGUCGAUCGAACAGAUGCUCGAACUUGCGCUUGAGCGUGACAACUGUGUCUUCCUCGGUGACGCGUCUAAGGUGCUUCCGUUCGCAGUCAGGCUUGCUACGCAUGUCUGCUACUACGUCUUCCAGGCAACUUCGCAUUACAGAUUCACGGAGGCGGAGCAUGCCGAACACCCGGACAAGAAACGCGUAUGUGGCAGUGGCUGGCGCAGUAAUGUGCGUGGCCUCAAAUUGCAGUCCGAGGCUGCCUGUGUGGAACUUGAGGCAUUCCAGAAGCGCAUGCGUGCACUAAUGAUGGAGGCUGCGAAGGCGCUUAAAAAGCGUGCUGUUAAAGCCGCCAGGGCCAAUGAGCAAAAUGCUGCAGCAUUAGCCAUGGCACAUACCGCCCUGAUCUUCGGAUAUGUAUUGCAGAUUGACGAUGCCAUGAAGCAGCGUGGGCUGAACGAGCACGAGAAUGAGGAUGACAUUCUAUUGUCCUUGGGUACCGCUCUCAUUUUUGUGUUUGUCCACCAUCAGUUUGCUGUGGAAAGGUCGGUUAAUCGCGUUGCCACCGACGUGACUGAGGAUGAUCCGGAUAAUGACGAGACCUUGUUCAUGCCUGAAUUGGAACUUUUCGGCGUUGUUCAGAACGUUAGGUCACGAUUUUUGCGCUAUUUGAGGUCUAAGGGGCCCGCAUGUGAUGACAUAUUGGAGAAGCUGGUGCAGCAGGUUAGCCAGUUCGCCAUGUCCGAAUCGGAUGCGGCCAAGCUCAGAAUGGAGCUCAGCACAGGCGACAACUGGCAUGAGCUGCAGUUCCCAGUAAUGUCAGGGCGUUUCACCAAGGCGUCAUGGGUGCACAGACAGUUUAAAAAUGCCAGCUACGACGACGAUGAAGAAUCUGAUAUUGACGACGUGCUUAUGGACAGUUAUUACGUCGAAGACGACUUUGACGGCUCUGCGGCUGACCAUGCGGAAGCUUCAUGGGCGUUCAGUUCACAGGUCAGGACUGGUAUAGAGAAAACUGGCGACGAUGCUGCUUCGGAUGAGCCCGCUCCGACAGAGAGCAAGGGUCUCAUAAGCCAGACGAAGGAUAUUGUUGUGGAUAACACCAAGAAGACUAUGGAUAUGUCAGUGGCCUUGGGAAAGAAAGUGUACCGCAAACUUAGGAGGAAAGGCAAAUAUGACAAAACUGUUAGUCCUAUAGAAGCAUACGAGGAGUGGCUCAAGAUGCGUGUGAUGCAACACUGUGACAUUGAGAUCAACUUCCAAACAUGCGAGCUGUCGCUCAAAAAGAAUAGGUUGCAGCUCCUUGGGCAGUGGGUAAACCAGUUCCCGCACUACGUAGAGCUCCUAGGCCAGGUCAACAGGCGAUCUACUGUGCAGAGUGCUACUGUACAACUACACCGCAACAGGCACUGGAUGCGCCUUGUUGGACGCAAGUACAACCUUAUCAUGUGGGAGAAGGAUAACCGUGAUUACGCAUUGCCGCCUAAGAUGACCUACAAGGCUAGCACAUGCCAUAGUGGACUGGAGUGGCUGCCGCCGAUUCUUGAUCCAUGGCUAAAACAGCACCUGCCAAAGUGGACGGUAUACUUGGCAAAGACUGCACAAACUGCGGAGCUGGAGAAACCACGCGACGAGGCCUAUGUAAACCAUGUCCUCAAGAAGCACGGUAUUGACACCGUACGUCUGUUCGCCACCUAUCAAACGUCAAGCCAUCAUACUGGGGAGGCAGCGGAUAUUGACACUGUGCCCGUCUCCGAUUUCAACGACAGCGACUUUAGCGGUAUCAGGGACUGCACGCGUGAUUAUAUUCCAAAUGAUGACAGCACGAUCGUCAAAAUUGCAAAGACCACUGUAGAGACAGUAUCGACAAUCUCCGGUGUCAUCACGGAUGCUGCCUCAACCUUAUCCAAACUUGGUGGUAAGGCCAAAAGCAAGAGUUCGUCUCACAGUACGUCAAAGCAUGCUGCGGAGGCCGCUGCAGCCAACAAUGCGGUGCUGCCAAAGGAUGACGACGCGACUCCGACAUCCGGUUCGAAGCGUGUUGUGACGAAGGAAAUCAUAGUUACUAGGGAGCCUUUGGCUAUUCAUGUAUUCGAUCUCAUUGAGGAUGGUAGGACGUGGUAUAGGUCAUUGUGUUACAGUUCUGACGCCACUCGUGCGUUCUGUACCAGCCUUCCGCGAUACGUGACGGUCACCGGAUUGGUGAGUGGGCAGCCCGAACUCGCUGUCGGUAAACCUUCCUAUCCCGCUCCGCUACCUAAAAGUUCUCUGCUCAUCAUUCGAAACACCACAAAGGAGGAUAGCUUGGAUGCUUCCAACUUCGUAUCAAGUAGGGAACAGUUCGUGUUACCGGAAUGCAUGAGGGGGUUGCUACCUGACGUCUUGCUUGAGGAGUACUACUUCUGGCAGAACAUCAAAACCGCCGAUAUCAUGGGAUACCCGAAACCCACCACUGCUGAGAGGUAUGCGAAAACAAGGCUGUGGAUCGAACUUGUGCCAUACGGAGCGCCUGAUAACACGUACUUCCAGCAUGCUGCGGCCGCUGGUGUUGUUCGACGUCUGCACGCCAACGCUGACUCCCAGGAUGAGUUGGAGCUGCUUGUGAACCUGCAAACUCCCAAAGACGAACUCGUCGAGUCAUUAACUCAAACCCUGUUGCGUCUGGAUGACCUCAGUCACAUUCUUGCCUGGUCACGCGGCAAAAGCAACCGCGUAGAAGUGGUCGAAUUCGCUAGGUUGGGGCUCACAUUCCGUGCCACCAGGGCCGGAGGCGGUACAAGUGGUAUAAUCAGGUACAUGUGUGAGGAACACAACGGACUAUUCCUCAACUAUGGUGACGUAUGGCAAAGCCCGCUGACAGCUGCGCUCAUCCGUGGUUUGGAAAACAGUUUGUUGCUAACGGACGAAGACGGUGAACUGUAUAUUUUCGUCUCCACAGUAAGAUGCCCCAUGCGAGUUUUCCCCAAGGUGCCACGCGGCGUGAUGUUGGCACACGAAGUGGGACAAGUCCUCCAAGGUGUGGCGUGGCCCGAGCUGGUAUACGAUGGUGGCAACAAAGACUGGUUGGCUGCGAUUGACAGUGGCAGCAGGCACUACAUGUACAAGGUGCAUUCCUCAAGAUCGUUCCUUUUCGUACCUACGUAUGCGUCAGGUCUUUUCUUGCUCCUCAACAGAUUCCUUGACAGGCAAUACGAGCAGGUCUGUCGCCUCAGUCGGACAACACUGUUCGAUGACGGCAACCAAAGCAGCGAAGAGAAGGCUUUCUGGGAUGUGCUUGCCAAAAUAGACUCCACUUCUGAUAAGCACCCAGAUGCCUAUGCGUGUCGGUUGCACCUCCUCUUGGAAGCCAGCAGACAGGGUCUGCACGUUGCCGAGGGUAUUAAGUUAAAACACCAGAAGCGUGCCCGUAGGUUGCAACGCAAUAUUAAAACCAUUUUCGGUGCCGUGAAACAUUCUGCCCCUAAAGAGGCAGAAGAGUCCAAAAUCAACUGGGUACUUCAUGAGGAGCUUAUGGGCUACGUAACCAACCUCAGGCUUGUAUCGGCUGGAUGCCGCCUCUCGAUUGAUGACGAAAAGGAUCUUUUGAGGCUAUGCCAGCCUUACUUCGGUCGUUUCCCGGCCCUGUCCAACAGAUUGGCUAUUUUGAAUUCGGUGGAUCAAGCGCAUGUGUCGUUGACGGGGAGGCGUUUCAGCCUUACUCAGAAAAUUGAGUUGACCUUGCCAAACAAGCCCAACGUUUACAACUAUGACAGCGUCUGCGAUAAGAGCUGUGUCGAGAGGAACAUUUACAUCGAUGCAGCUGCCAACGUGCUGUCAAGCGUGCGUUUCAAAAGGCCGGAUUCCGUUUUGUCGGGACCUGACUCACUUGCAUAUGUCGAUAAGAUCCUCGCUAGGGGUGUGGGGCAAAGCGAUUUCGUGAUCGUAUAUGAAAUGCUCUGUGGCAUCUUCCCACUCUCCACGCUGCCAUACGAACCCACGCAUAAGUGGGGAGCCAUGUUGACUCGGUUCAUCGCGCAUAAGGAGCAGAACACCAAGAACAUCAUGUUGUCAACGCUCAAAAUUUUGAGUACCGAUUCGACUUUGGGUAGCCAUAUGCCUCGGGUGCCACCGGAAGUGACGCAAAAGCAGAAGUUCCCGUCACUGUUCUCGCGUGUUCAACAGCCGUUCCAGAAGUUCAUGGCAGAGUUGCAACGUACCCUCAGCAGGUUGGAUGAUAAGGAACAAAUCAAGUGGCCUGAGGACUACAAACGCCACCACAAGUAUGAAUACGUUCUCAGGAUGAAUGCAACUAUACCGAAGGGUCACAACUUGGUGCCAUGGUCAUUCGUGCACUACGAAACCGAUUACACCAGAGACACUAUGGUCCUAACGCCGUGCCGCGUGGGUGACGCCGUCAUCGAUUCGAAAUUCAUCUCCGCAAUGGGUUCCGAGGUGCUGAAGGAGGUUAUGGAGCCUCGUACAUCAGCUGAAGCCGUGGAAAUAACCGAAGAACAGAAAAAGCUGCCAAUCAGUCUUGACGGACACUGGAUUAUGAAAUAUGCGCCAGCACGAAAGAUGAUGAAACGUCUUGAGUCGGAUUAUGAAUUCUAUCUUAAAGAGGAGGCAAUGGAAAACCAAAAGCAGUUCACCGGGUUCACACUGGCUCAUGUCGAAGAGAUGGCUGAAAAGUCCGAUAUAUUGGCCGAGGAAUUCCGCAAACUCCAGACAUUGCGGGAACGUUUGCUGGAUCUGUUCAAAAGUGAUGGUCAAUUCGUUGAAGCUGGUAUCCGUUCGGCACUGCGUCAAUCCAACUCCAUCUUGAACAAGGACGUGGCAAACAGCGCCAACGUUGAUGUCAUGCAAUGUUGGGGUUAUAUCUUUGGUAAAUUGGCUGGUAUCGAAUGUCUCGUGGGUCUCGACCAAUUGGUAGACUGUUUGGUAUCUUCGAAUGGCGAGCAAAACCUGCUGAUCCUUAACCCCUUCAUCGACAGGCCUAAGGAUGUGCUGUGCUUAAUGGCCGCCGUUAUGCUCUCGGUUAACAGGCGCUGCCUUACGGCAAAGACCAUCUGCCAGCUCAUGUUAGUGCUUCAGUCUAUGAAAAAGCUGUCACAAGGGAAACUGACCGGUGAUGCGUUAGCCGCACUCAAGGUCGACAUCAGCACUGCCAGCCGCACAUUGGCCAAUCGGAUGAACACCGCCAGACAUUACAUGCAACUCAUGACGGAAUCCAGUGGAGACAUGCAAGCGGUGCUCGAUCCGAGGUUGCUACUGUUUGAGUUCUCUGGCAACAUUAUCCUGCACAAGAGACAAGUGCAGCUUGUUAGGAAUUUCGUAGAAUCUGCUCGCAAAGGCGAGAGCCGCUGCCACCAAAUGAUCAUGGGAGAGGGUAAGACGACAGUGGUGGGCCCGCUGUUGUCCGUACUUCUGGCUGACGGUGAACGUCUCUUCGUGCAAAUUUGCCCGCAUGAGUUGUUGGAGUUCACUAGGGCCACUCUGAGAGAGAAGUUCUCUGCUGUUAUACAUAAGGGUGUAUUCACGCUGAGGUUUAGCAGGUUUGACAGCGCUACGCCUGAACUCUACCUCAAAUUGCUCCAAGCCAAGCAGACCAGGUCGGUCGUCAUAUGCACGCCCACCAGCAUCAAGUCGAUUUUCCUGAAGGUCAUCUCUUGCUUCCAUAAGUUGGAUUCGGGUACGUUGGUGAACGAUUCCGCCAUUAAACGCAUUAACCAUCUCCACCAACGGCUUGUCAAGAUCUGGAACAUGAAAGGAACUUCGAAACUCGUCCCGUCAUCUCUUAGCAAGGAAAAAGACAAGGGCAAAGACAAAACCAAAGAGAAGGAUGCGGAAAAGGAUAAAGAACAAACUAAGGAUAAGGAGAACACGUAUCGCGCCGUCCAACUUGAGCUGGACAUGUGCCUGCGCAUCCUGGAGUUGUUCUCCAACGCCGUCGUGCUUAUGGACGAAAUCGAUCUGCUUUUGCACCCGCUAAAGAGUGAGUUGCAUUGGCCCAUCGGAGACAAAAAGCCGUUGGUACAUCUGCGCAGCUCGGAUCACAACAUCAGAUGGCUGUUGCCGUGGUACAUGCUGAGGGUCAUGGUGCCCAACACCAAGGAGCAGAUAUCGAAGCACGAAACGCAGCUUCUGGAACGUAUCCAGCUUUGCUUCAGCGAAGGUGUUGUAGGAUGCCAUGUGAGUCAAUCACCCCAUCUCGUGUUGCUCAACCAACAGUGGUACUUCGGUGAGAUGCUGCCGCUCAUGGCGGAAUGGGUAUGCUUGUAUCUAAAGAAACACCAGCUGGUUACGGAGACAUCCCAGCAAUGCGUCGAGUACCUCACCACGGGCAUACCUACCGCUGCUUUGCAGUCUGUUGAAGUGCUCAGUUGUGCAAAAGAGUGGCUGUGGUCCACCUUCCCACACGUCAUAUCCCGGGUCAACCUGGUUAACUACGGUGUGCUGAGUGUUAAGCAGUUGGAGGAAAUAUUGCUGAUCAAUCCCAACACGCCGCAGUCGAGACGUAUGCUUGCUGUCCCAUUCGUUGGAAAAGGUACCCCAAGCAAGUACUCCGAGUUCUCACACCCUGAUGUGUUAAUCGGGUUCACUAUCUUGGCUUAUCUCUACCAGGGUCUCAGGAGGUCGGAUUUCGUUUUAGCUCUCAGGCACCUAGCUCAACAGUUCUACGAGGAACCGGGUCAUUUGUCGGAAAGACAGGCGUUCAAAACAUUCAACAGAUGGGUGCUGAGUGCUGGUGGUAGCCUCAGGGAGUCUAAGCGUAAAACCACUAGGCAAUACCAUUACUUGUGCGAUAUUACGGAUGAGCAUAUAUUCAAACCAGUCGAAUAUGUGGAUCGUGCAGCCGAUAUAUGGACAUUGGAUGUUGUCAAUGUUUACGACGAGGAGCAGUUGGAUGUGUUGUACAACUUGCUGAAGAACGACGGUCUCGUUAUCGAGUACUUCUUGUGCAACGUCCUCUUCCCCGAGGCCAUGGAACACACCACACUGCAGCUCACAGCCAGUGCCAUGGAACUUGGAAGCUCCAUGCUGUUCCCCAUCAGGUUGGGUUUCUCUGGAACGCCUUCGCAGCUGUUGCCUGUGGAAAUGGGCAAGUGCCACUACAGUGAAGGUACGGACGGUAUGAUCCUCAAGAUACUCACCGACGAUAAUGUCGUCAAAGGACCUACGAUAUUGCAAAAGGGAUGGACCAGUGAAACUAUUUUGGAUCUGGUGGCUAAGAGCCCUCUUAAACCACUGGCUUUGAUUGACACUGGUGCGCUCAUUACCAGCCUUAGCAACUUGCAAGUUGCGCAGGAAUUGCUUAAGCGUGGUCUGGACCACGUUGAUGGUGUUGUAUACCUUGAUGAUAUGGACAGGCAGAUGGUGCUUCUGCGUGACCGCUGGCGCAGCACCCUUCUGACACACUGUGGUAUUCCUCCCGAGCGGCGCCUGAGUUUCUACGAUCAGGUGCACGCAACCGGGCAAGACAUCCGACAAGCGGCGCACGCAACUGCAUUCAUAACGAUUGGCGCCGAUAUGACGCUCAGGGAUUACUCGCAGGGUGCAUGGAGGAUGAGAGGAAUUGGUAAGGGGCAGACUCUGCACCUUAUCAUUCCUCGUGAGGUAGAGACUCUCAUUGCUACUGACCAAAAGAAUGAAAGGAGCAAGAUAAAGCAAUGUGUGCAGUGGCUGAUUGUCCGUGGUAUCACAAGUGAGAUGAGGUUUUCGCGUGUGCUUCUUGAGCAGUCCGUGCAGAAUGUGGUUCGCAAGAAGAGCUUCCAAAAACUCAUUCAGAACCAUCUAGGUGUCACCGAGGGCGAAGGAGACGGGCUCAAACAGUACAUCAACAUAUUCCGGGAAAUUAAAGAUUACUCGAUCCCGAAUUCCUUCGGUCAGAAGCGGACACUGAGUGAGCGCAUACGUGCCUAUGUCAAAUUCCACAAGGUAGACGACGCUGCACUACAGACGUUUGUUGACACAUCGAUGGUGCCGCUGAAGCUCUCCGACAUCAAGGAAGUUGAACCCAAAACACAAAAGGCUGCGCCUGUGAAGACUACGGCCGUGGGCGACGAACUGUUCGAUAUAUUCGCAACCCAGGACGAAGAGUUGGAGGCUGACAGCGAAAACGACAUGCUCUAUGACGAGCAAAUGCAAGCCGAUGAAAGCGCGCAAAGCAAAGAAAAGCAGAUGAAACAAGAUUACCUAGAGAUGGAAAAGUUACCGUCCGGCGAUGAGUUAAAUUACGAUCAAGAGCAUGAACAAGAAAUGGAGGUGCUAGAGGAGGAGGAAGAGGAAGAAGAGGCUACGCACCAAAGACAGCAAAUGAAGGAGGAGGAACACCAGGUGGAAGAGGAGCUUCCAAUGCCGCAUAGGUACAGCCGAAGCGAAGAAGAGAUCAUCAGGUGGAACCUUGAGCAACUGUCCAAGGAUCCCACGAGCUGCGGGUUCCUCAGCUGCAAGGACUUCUACCUUUUCAGGAAGGACGCGACGCAACUUACCAUGCCAUUCCCAACUUACCUUGCCAUCAGUCCGAACUUCUACAAAAUCAAAUGGUCGGCCAACUCGUACCGCCGUUUGAAGAAUGUUAUCGUCGUAAUAGACGUCACAGGUGAGCUAGAAAGCGACAUUCUGGCGGGCAUACAACCCGGUGAUCAGCAGGGUGUUGUGAGCCCUCAGGCCGCUGCUGCGGCAGAGGUUGCAGCUGCGCAGAGUCAGGAUAUUUCCAUACCACGUGGCUUCAAGCGGAGAAUUCAUCGCGCCUUCGAGAUUCUGGGCAACCUGCCGGAGAAAACUGUAUCAUUACCUGUGGCACUCAGCAUUAUUCGUGCCAUAGAUCCGGAGGAACCGCAGGACGGUGAACUUAUAUCAUCUUAUAUUGCAAAUGAACUUGGCCGAAAUGGGGCCAGACUGGAAGAACAGUGUACGCAGCAAAUGCUGCUCGAUAGCAUGACAUCGAUGUAUACCAUCAACAAGCAACGCAGGUACUUGGUUGUCACGCUGGCUGAAGCGGAGGCUAUAAGGGCGUGGUUGCAUAGGAGCCGUACCAAGGCUAAAAUUGGGCUUCGUAACCUUGGUGCCAGGUUCCAACCUUUCGACACUUCGCUCGCUUAUGCGCAAACCCGUCCGCAAAAGAUCGCGGCACUUGUCGGGUUGCAGUCUCGCAUUGCCUACGCCUGCCUCAAGUUUUUCAACUCCGAGAUGCAGUAUACGUCAUGUCAGGUCAUGCUCUUACGGGAGGUCUUCGAAACGGUGUCUCCCUCGGAGUGUUUGACCUACUUCCAGCAACUGCGUGAAAUGAGAUUGGUUGUGCAAAACAUCAAGACUGCACUCGGUGGAUCAAGCAUGCUCAGCAAGCUCUUCCAGUCCUCAAGUACCGAUGAACUCAUCAUGCGGUUGCUUAACAUCAAAUUACAUCAGAUAUCGUGCGAGCGCGGCGGACCGCGCGGUCUGAUGGCUUCCCUCAAAACUGACAAAUUGAGUGGGCAGAUGCUCACAGGACUUAUUAACUCAAUCCCGCAGCGACCUUUGGCGCAGCCACACGAACUCAGGGCAUUCCUGCACUAUCUGGACCGUGACAUAGAUGGUGUCGUCAGUCUAUCUGACCUGGAGAGCUCGUUUGAUGAGCUUGUCGAUGUCGCAGCGGACCUGAAUGCGUACUGGGGCGUGAGGUUCACAGUCACUGUGCACAGUGAUGUGAGGCCGGUGGUAAGGUGCGCCGAUUUUGCCGUCUGGACUCCCAAGAAGCUUGGCCACUCCUUGGAUGUCGAGAUGCAUCAACUCGCGCACCACUUCACGGCGCCGGGAGAAGGCACCGUGGAGUGCUCCGUUCUAAAGUGCGUUAAUAAGAGUGGUGUGCCAUCACCACUCAAGAAAUUCUGCCGACUGCCCGUCGGUUUCAAGAAACUCUGGCAGGAUAGCGUUGAGGACCCACAAGUCUUCUUGUGGCAGCCAAUUGCGCCGGAGGGACACACGGCAAUUGGAAUUGCCGCUACUCGAGUCGAUGAGACUCCCAGCGACCACUCUGUCAUUUGCCCGCCUUCGAAAUGGCUCGAAGAUGUGGUGUCACCCGAACAGGUUCUGGAGGCCGACGGUUUCGACAGCGAACUGCAGCCCAUGCGCAUAAAACUCUGCCUGUGGCAUGGUGCCGCGAACGUCGGCAACGCUAUUGCGCUAAAAGACAUGAUGGACACGGUGCCGGAGCUUUUGCCCCUGCAUUAA